CUUACUUUAAUGGCUAAAGUGUUUCCUCACAGUCAGAGAUCUGUGUUAGACCCUUUCGUGUCUUCAGAAAGAGAAACAUUCACUAUAUGGAUGAAAUCACUUGUGUGCCAAGCUAAUGGCUGCACCGUCUUUGAUUCCAGUGGAGACAUUGUUUAUCGCAUCGACAACUAUGAUAAGAAGUGCAGCAGUAAGGUCUAUCUCAUGGAUCUUCAAGGCAGAGUUCUUGUUACAAUACGAAGAAAGAGGUUACAGAUUGUAGGGUGCUGGUAUGGUUAUAGAUGGAAUCCUGAUGCCAACGAGGGGAAGCCAUGGUUUCAAGUGAAAACAUAUGGCAGACUUAUCUGUAUGGGAAGCUUUGCCUGUCAAGUUACUGUAGGAUUUGACAAGUAUUGGGUGGUGAAAUUGGGCAGCAAACAGGCAUUUAGAAUCGUGAACAUUGAUAGAGAGGUUAUUGCAGAGAUUGCUGGUUUAAUGCAGGUGAAGCAAAAACGAUUAUCUUCAGGAAUCUCACUGGGGGAUGAUGUGCUAACUUUGGUUGUGGAGCCUCACAUAGAUCAUUCCCUGAUAAUGGCAAUUGUGACUGUCUAUGGGUUGAUCAAUGAUAAACUGUAGGAUAUUACUGUCUUUUGCUUUUGAUGCACAGUGAGACAGCAGUGAUAUUCAUAGGCUUCAAAGACCAGAAGCCACUGCAUAUCUUGGCCAUUGUAGAGGCAGCGAGAGGAGAGAAGUCUACUAGGAUAGGGUAUGAAAGUGUAUA